AAGACGAAAUAAGAGCAAAACAUUUUGUGGACAACAGGUAAUGGGCAUUUUACAACAAUUCCGAGCAGUCGCCGGGAAGCUUUUCAACCGGAGAAGUCAACAGAAACCAUCAGAAGAUGCAUAUGCUUCUUCAGAAGGUGAGUACAGUGUAACGUCGGCGGUAACCAAAAUCAGUAGUCCCGUUAAGUAUGGCGGAACUCAAUCAGAUGAGAAAAUUAGCAACAUUCUCUGCAAGCUCCGUAAAUUUGCUAUUGUCUCUGCCGUUGACGAGUCUCUCAGAACCGUCGCUGGUGGGAGUAAAAUCGUAAAGGAAGGAUCAAAGGAUCAAUCGCCUUCACGUCCUAGACUUGACAAACAAGAAAUUACUGUUAUGAUGGAGGAGAUGCAAGCAAAGAUGGAGAAACUUCAGGAUGACAUGAAUAGCAUGAAGCAGCAAAAUGAGGUGUCAGCUAAGUGUGCCAAUGGAUUGGAUUCCUUAGAGUUCUCUGAUGAGCCUAUCAAGAGUUCAACGCCUGCAAAAUCUAAUGGAAAAAAGGUUUUCAUUCGUUCUCGGCUGUAGAAAGCAGUACAAUCUUGGCAGUGAGGAAUCUUCGCUUAACAUAUAGGUUCCACUCUGUAAUUUUCAUGUGAUUUGCAUUGUAUCUGUAUAAUACAUGUAUUUUUUUGGUCAACAUAUAAUACGUGUAUUAAUAUCUAAACAAUUCAGAUGUGCCAA